GUGUAUGCACUACGUAGGUAGGUACUGCAACCGUUAUCAACAGUUAUCACCGACCACUCCGCGUCGCCACUCAUCACUCGUCGGCCGACUUUUAAACUGUUAGCUAGUUCACUCGCAGUCUCCGCAGAUUCGCGCUUCGUUGUUUUGCUGACGUGCACACCACCAAUCCGUUCUCAGAAACACGCACCAUGUCUUUCGAAGAAGCAGUCGAUAAAGUAAAGAACUUGAAACAAACUCCCAGCGACGCCAAUUUGUUGGAGCUCUAUGCAUACUACAAGCAAGCAACUGUCGGUGAUGUAAAUACAGCCAAACCUGGGUUUUUGGACUUUAAAGGAAAGGCUAAAUGGGAAGCAUGGAAUUCAAAGAAGAGCACAAGCAACGACGAGGCUAAAACAAAAUAUAUUGAAAUUGUUGAUAAGCUUGUUGAAGAAAUCGGCCUCAAAGAUUAAACGGAAAGGCUCACCUUAAUGCUCACACACAUGCUACACACAAAUAUUUACUUAAAAAGUCUACUUAAUCUAUUGAAUUUAAUAAUGAUUCCAAAUCAUACUUAUAUUAUAUUCAUGUAUAAUGUAUAUUAAGAUGACCAAGCUUGUUUGGUUGCAUUUUAAAGUGUGCUUCUAAGUCACACAGAAAGACUAUUAUUUACUUUUAUGAUCAACUUUGUUAAUUUACAUCACAGUAAAAUUAUUGUUAGCUUAUCAACAUAAAUACAUACAUUUAUUUUCAAUAUUUAUAUAUUUAUUUACACAUUAUAGUAGAUGAAUAAUUAAAAAAUUAUAAACAUUUUCAAUGA